CCAAUAGGGUGAACACACGCACACACGCACGGUGGGGCUAAUAUAGAUCACAGCAUUAGGAGGGUCGGCUGGUUCAGUCUCGUGACCAGCGCCAAACUUUGCAUGACCGUCGCGGCUGUGUUCAGUGUGUGUUCCAGUGGCUCCCGCACCAGCCUCGCCACCACUGCCACCUCGCCACUCCUGCCUCGCCCCACUCCAUCUCCUCCACACGGGAGGAUUUACAACCUUUUCCCCAGGAUUUCGGCGUUCUCCAAGAUCCCACCUUGGAACACUGGACGUCUGGUAUUCAACUGAAACACUGAAUCUGGUGGUAAUUUUCCAAGUAAAACUGAAUGACACGUUCUGGAGAAGACACAACAAUGUGUCAAAACUUUUACCCUAAGAAUAUGGUAGAAUGGGACAUAAUCAUACUAAGGUAGACAACCAUGAGUAAGGUCAGACCCACGAAGAGUCCUCAGCCUUGCCCAGGUGACCACUACCUGCUUGUUUUGACUCCGAAAAGGAAAAAGACUCGUCGAUCCGCCAUGGCUUCACCUUCUGAAGGAGCACCUGCCUCAAGUGAGGACACAAUGCUCAAACCUACAGGAAACUACAGCUCCGAGGGCGGCUACGGCACGAUCAAUCCUCAUUUUGCAUUUACAGACAAAGUGGCGAUGCCCCCAGGUUUGCCGAAUCCCCUCAUACCCAUCAUCCCAACAAGCUACUCCAUGCCUACCCUGGCCACCACUAUUACUAACCUCUUGUCUCCGCAGCAGACACACACAGACGUCUUCUACAAUGUCGCUCCCCUCGGUAGUGACCCUAAUCCACUGAAUACUGUUUUAUCCCCGCCACCGAACACGCCACUAUCUCCCCUCUCUAUACCUUCCAGUCCAACGGCAAAAAAUCCAGGCUAUAACCCCCCAAGAGUUUUUCAGCCCCCAAACCCCCGUCGUCUCCCUCUCCACCCCCAAUUAAAAACAGAGGAGCAAGCGGAACCUCGUUCCGGAAGACGUGACCUCUUGCAGGGGAUCAACUACCUGACACAGCCAGAAGAUACGCUGGAGUUUGGUUGGCUCGACGCUCUGACGGGAAUCAUCUCCAUCAUUACCUUCUACUUCGACUUGGUCUCCGACGUCCUGGUAGCUUACUACAUGCGCGACGACCCAGCCUCCAAGAACUGGUUCCUUGCAGCCCUUCUGCUACUGCUUCUGCCCAUGGUCGUGGCCAACGGGUUCAGCCUCUACUGGUACUGGUUCGACGAGCGUUCUUGUGAACCCCAGUACAGCCCACGACACCCCAGAGUACCCAACUACGUGUGGACCUUCCGUGUGGCAGCCCAUCUCCUCCUCCAGGCACCAGUCCUCAGGCAAGUUGACAUCAUCUACUACGGGACCAAGAGUACGGCGGAGACGGCGCUGCAGGAGGCUCUAGUGGACGAGGUGAUGGAGGCAGCUCUGGUCUCCACUCCCCAGGACCACAGUGACACACACAAAGACAGCCCCAGUAGGAGGUCCUCUACCCGUCUCAGUCGCAGCUCCGCAGCCACCAGCAAGAGACCAGUUUCAGCGUGCUCAGUGAGGACAGGAGGUGUGUGUGCCCGAGGCGGCUACCUGGCUCUCUGGAUCCACGCUGAGAGGGAUGCCUCUAACGUCGAGCUGCUGCUGGCACUGGUGCAGGACGCUCCCCUCCUCAUCCUACAUCUGUACAUCAUGGCACACACACUCCCCAGCCAGGCACUCCAGGGACACAUCAGUGACACACUGGUGAUGCAGAUGCUGUCGGUGACAAUGUCUCUGCUGACGCUGGCAUGGUCGGUGGCUUCCUUCGUCAGGGCUUCCCGCAUGACGGAACCCUCCCUGGGAAACCUCAGCAUCCUUGAUCUUCUCCUCAUCACCCUCUCCCACUUCUGUUCCAUCGCCGCCCAGGUGAUGAGUUUCUCGUUGUUUGCCUCCAAGCUGGAGGUUGUCUUCUUCAUCAUCGUCACUCUCCACUGGCUCCUCAUGUCCACAUGGGUCCUCGCUCAGCUGUUGUUCUUCCCGAGGACUACCUGCACCCGGGCUUUCUUCUUCCACGACCGCCAGGAGGGCCUCUGUCACUGGCUCGACGAUGUCCUCUACAGCGCUGUUAUGGGACUCGUCUUCCUGUUUACCUUUGUUGAUGUGGGCGGAGUGGCGGCCAGGAUCCAGGGCCUCCUCUACCACGUUCUCACCCUACUGGAGCAGAUGAUUCUGCUGGCCCUCUGGUUGUUGUGGACGACUGGAUGGGCGUGGUACUACUGGGUUCCACUGAUUCUCUCACCUCUCCUCUUCUGCCUCAGCCUCAUCUUUGAAGCUCUCUUUACCGCCCACGCCAAGCCUGAUCGCUGCCAACUCCUUACCUCCUCGCCCAAGGCUGUGUGACCGUAUAAAAAUCCUCUCUAGCCUUCUAUCAAUCACCAGUACGUGCUGUCCACUGCCUCCUGCUUGACUCCCUCCUACGGGCUGUUAAUUCUGUGAAACUGACAUCCGCAGAGCUUGCAGAAUUUUUGUUCUACCUCCUGCAGUUCUCUGCCACUAAGAAGACGUCUACAACCAGCCUAUAUACUCAGUUGGUUUUAGUAGUGUCGUCAAAUGUAAUUCUCAGGACCACUUCCGUCCGACUGUUGUACAGAUCUUGUUCCUCACACUGUGAGCUCUGUGAAGCUAACUUGUGUCUGCCGUCCUACGUUGGCCAUGUUUAAUAUUAGAUCCGUCCGGUGGCUGAUGCAUCGAAAUACUUUAUCUUGCUCCCUCUCCCUCCCAUCCCCAUUUAAUUUUUAAAUUAUUUUUUUUCCCCCUUUUAUAUAUUUCUAGUUUCACCACUUCAGUCUUCACUCCUCCCACCUGCCCUUCUCACCAGGCAUCCCACAAUAAAGACUAUUGAUUUUCUGUUCAAUUUACCAGUUCUUGCCACUUAUAACCACCGGUGCCGACUCCUCCCUCAACGACCCUACCUUAUUCAGCUCAUCCACUGCCUGUCUUCUCUGCUCUUCUGAGGGAAUAAAUUAUUUUUUUAUGGUUGAUUUUUAACACUGUUUAUUCACAUCUACCUAUAAGCGUUUAUCCUGAUCAGUGAUUGUAUGUAUAAUGACGUCUUCUGUAAUGAGUAUAUUAUGACUUUGGAUAACAGUUUAUUUUGUAAUAAUUUAGCAUAGAUUUGUUUCAGCAGUUACAUUCACUUAGGAUUAUUGCACAACGGGGCCUCUGAAUUUCAUGAGCUGAUAUACUUAUUCGUGUGAUAAAUGGGAAAUAAGACUUUAUUAUGCAGUUAAUAUGACUCACUUGAAUAAUUAGUAACUUCCACUUACCCGUCCAUUAUUAAAAUCCUCGUGUAACUGUUACAGCGAAUUUGUCCAUUAAAUUCAAGUUCAGGGCUGACCCGAUGAAUUUAGGUAAAAAGACACAUGUGCAACUAAUGAGAAAAUUUAAUGUGGCAACGUUUCGCUCUUCAGGAGCUGUCUCAAGCCAAUACAAAAUAUAUAUUGAUGCAGGUGUCUACGUAGGUAACAACGUGAGGUGAGAGAACAUUGUUAGUAAAUCAACCAACAUCAUAACACCUUACAAAGUGUUUGUGUAACUCUUAAUCUUUAAAUAAAUGUAGUGUAACGGAAGGUGAUGUUUGCAGAGCAUAUGAAAAAAAUAACUACAAUAUCAUAUUGUUGACCAUGCAGAGAUUGAGAAUCAUUGCAACACUUCAAUUCAAUAGUCAUUUAUUUACGUUUGAGUAAGUAUCCUCGUGUCGUGAUUGCAACAAUGUGAUCUGUGUAAAUAAAGUUAAAAAAAAAUAUUAUUCAACAAAUUAUUUCUAGAGUAGCAUCACUAGGUUAUAAAAGGAAUAUAAGAGGGAGGAGAAAAUAUGUGUAGAUCUCAAUUAAGUUUAAAAUGGUAUUCAUAAAACAUAAUUUUGGUCGUAUUUAUAAAUGCUUCAUGACAAUCAAGAAUGUCGAAACAUAUCUAGCGAAUACUGGUGCCAUGGAAAAUGUGUAGUUUAAGUUACACUGAGGUAAUAAGACAGUGAGGCACUACGUGGCUUGUAACCUCGUAG